CCUCCGCAGGUUCCAAUUUUCUUUUGAAAAAUAUUGAAUUCAACAAACAACCUCCAACAUGUCGGAAAGAAGCAUUUCCCUACAUGAGCUGUUAAAUCUGUCCAUCGGGCCGCCUCGGAUGAGCUCGGUGAACUUCGGCGCUCUGCACGCGCUCCUCCUCGCGGUGCUGAAGGAGCUGGGUAUCCAGGAGCAGACGAGCCCGUGGAGGGACUCUUCUCCCCGCAGCAAAGCGGAGGAGUUCUCCGCUCAGACCCAGGAGGAGGAGGAGGAGGAGGAAGGGGACUCGCACCUCCAGCGGCAUGGAUGGGAGGCGCGCGCGGGCCUUCCGUCCAGCAUCCAGAGCCUGGAGGACGGCGUGUCGGAGGCAAUGGCGCUCAUCCAGGAGCUGAGGACGCAAAAAGAGGAGCUGAGGACGCAGGUGGAGGCGCUCCAGCAGCAGAUAAUGUCUCCGUCUCCUCCUCAGAUGGAUGGAGGAGAAGCCGAGGAAUUGAGGAAGUGCUGCCACCGUGUGGAGGCGCUGGAGGAGGACCUGAAGUCCCUGAGAGGCGCCUUCCAGAGCUUUCCGGACCAGGAGCAGAUGAGUCAUGUGACCAGAGACGCCAUGCAGUCGGUGCUGCUGAGUGACAGAGGACACCUCCAGCAGAUGGUUGGAGGAGAAGCCGAGGAGUUGAAGAAGUGCUGCCACCGUGUGGAGGCGCUGGAGGAGGACCUGAAGUCCCUGAGAGGCGCCUUCCAGAGCUUUCCGGACCAGGAGCAGAUGAGUCGCGUGACCAGAGACGCCAUGCAAACGGUGCUGCUGAGUGACAGAGGACACCUCCAGCAGAGCGGUACCGGCGCCGAUGCGGCGGAGGCUUCGAGGACCGUCGGCCUUCAGCAGGAGAAGUUCAACGAGCUGGAGGCUCGCGUCGCUGCUCUGGAGGAGGAUCAGACCCAGCUGGCCGAGCUCAGAGAGCUGCUCGCUGACCGAGGAAACCCGGAGCAGCUGAUGGAGGAGCUGAACCAGCAGAGAGCUUUGAUCGAGAGUCUGAUGAGCGAACAAGAGAAGCUGGAACACCUGGAGGAGGGCGCCUUCGAGGAGGCCUCGGAUGGCGUGGAUGCAGACGGCGGAGCUCUCCGUGAGCUCAAACUGCAGGUGUCACAUCUCAGGAAGUGUGUUCAUCAGCUGGAGGAGGACAUGAAGCUUCUGAGGGACAGACAGGACCAGUGUGAGGAGACGGCAGCCGAGCAGAACCUGCAGGAGCAGCUGGAUGACCUGCAGGCCAUGUUGGAGGACUUCAUCCUGUCCCUGACCUCCCACCUGUCCGGCAGCCUGCAGGACGACGCCGGACCGGACCGGACCCAAAGCCAGGAGUCCAAUCAAAGCGCCAAGAGAUCAGCCUUCACAGCCAAAACCGUAAAGGUUUGCAGAGAGCUCCGCCUUCUGUUCCAGCGCUACGAGCACCUGCAGGAGUCUGUGAAGAUGCUGAUGGGUGGAGGCGGGGCGCCGCCGAGGGACAGAGAUCCGGACAGAGUGGAUCCAGAGGGCGGUCAGGUGCAGCUGAACGACGUGCAGAGGAGCGUCCUCCACCUCCAGGCAGACUGCGAGAAGCUGCAGGAGGCGACGGCGCUCCUGCACGACGACAGCAGGCGGAAACACGAACGCAUCGAGGAGCUCUUCAAGAUGACGGAGGAGCUGAGCGUCAGGAAGGCCGACAAGCAGAUGGUGGAAGAUGAAAUCGAAGCAGAUAAAACGGCUCUGGAGAACAAGGUGAGCCGGCUGCAGUUCGACGCCACCAUGGAGCAGCUGAACGCCAUGUUCCACGAGCUGCUGAACAAAGUGACGGACCAGGAGCAGGACUGGCACAGCGUCAUGGACAAACUGUCCUCAGAGAUGGACUGUAAGCUCAACAGGAUGGAGCUGGACUCCAUGAAGAAGCAGCUGGAGGACCGCUGGAGGAACAUCUUCAAGACGCUGCAGGCCCAGGAAGCUCCGGAGGCCGACGACGCCGCCGCCCUGAGGAAGCAGCUUGUGGAGCGGUUCCACUGCUUGUCGUGUGACCGGCCCGUCCUGAAGCGCUUCCCCAGCGCCGCCAUGGUGACGCUCCCAUCCUUCUCGCCGUUUCCCUCCCGGAAGUCCAGGCGCAUCCACCCGGCGGAGGCGUUGCGUCAGCAGUACAGAAGCGAGCGGAUCCCCGAGCUGGUGGAGUACGGACGCAUGCUGAUGUCCAGGAACUGCGGCGGGAGUCACACCAGCACCUCCACGCUGCCGCGCCGCAGCUGCCCGCCGCACGCCAAGCUCCACGGCCUGGCCGAGGCCGACGGCGCCGGUCAGUCGGAGGUGGACAUCAUCGGAGAGGACGGACGGUUGUACCGAGGUCGUCUGGACCUGAGGAGCCCAGACUCCAAACUGCCCACAAUUGCCCCCAAAGACGGUGCACACCGGACUAAAGACAGGGCCAAGAGCUCCGCCUCCUUGAGACCGGUACCGUCCCCUGAGGGGGGGCAGACCAGUCCAGUUGAGCAGCCGGCCCACAGCGCCAGGAGCCCACAGUUCAGCCGCUCAGCCUCCAGCUGCUCUGGCCGGGAUUGGCCCGUCUCGGCUCUGGGAUGCUGCACGCCUCAGAGCUCCAUCACUCAGGCCUCCGCCGCCGUGAGCAGCCUGGAUCCUCGGGGCGGCAGCGCGCCGCUCAACCUGUAGGGGGCGACGCUGAGCUCCACAGGGUUCAGCCUGAGAUUAAUAAGUGCAGGUGAAGCAAAACCCAGGAGCCCCUUCAGCCAGUGGGCGGAGCCUGAUCCGUCAUCAGAGCGUGACUCAUUUUUCUGCACUCCUCUGUUGAGCCGUCAGACCUGCAUGCAGCCGGACGGCGUUACGCAAUGUUAGAAGUUCCUGGCAGCGAGCAGCAGAACUGAACAUCCUGUUCACAGAAACGAGGUUGCGGGAGGCCCACGAGGCGCCGCUGUGACCACGGUGACGGUCUGCUGUCGAGGAACUGGUCCUGCUGGCAGAGCAGGAGCUCGGAGAUCUUUAUGGAAACGCCUCUGCAUGAGCAGACAGUGACAGGCCUACAACUAACUUCUAUCAUUUGACCUCCACUCCAGGUCAAACUGGGAUGGAUGCUGCGUUUACUUGCAGUCAGGAAAACAAGGCGCCGUAAUGAUCGGCGUGAUGUAAAGCAGCUGUGAGGUCACAACAGUUUAGGUUUGAGCUUCAUUUCCAAACAUUCAACAGAAACUGUCCCGUUUCUACUGUGAUUCUAUUCAGCUUCUACAGAAUUUAAUGAAAAUGGUGUUUUUAAAACGUCCCUGUAGCAUUUUUCUGAAAAAAGAAAAAGAUUAA